AUGGCAACAAGUGACAUCUAUGUUGUUACUGUUAAAGAUUAUCAAACUAGUGUCUUCAUUAAUGUCUAUGAGGGUGAGAGACCAAGAGCAAGUGACAAUCAUCUUCUUGGUUCUUUCACUCUUUUUGGCUUACUCCCUGCUCCUCGUGGCUAUCCUUACGAGGUUUGCUUUGACGUCGAUCAAAAUGGCAUCUUAACAGUAUCUGCUAUCGAUAAGUCUACUGGCAGUACAAAUGAGAUUAAAAUAACUAAAGACAAAGGAAGGUUGUCGACAGAAGAAAUUCAAAGAUUGAUUCAAGAAGCUGCGGCUUACUGUAUCGAUGAUAAGAAAUUCUUAAGAAAGGCAGAAAUAAUGAAUUCACUAGACCACUGUGUUUACAAAAUGAAAAAUCUGUUGAAGGAGAAGGACAUUAAUUUAAAGCUCUCUUCAGAAGAAAGCAAUAAGAUCAACACUGCAAUUGCAAUCGCCACAAAUUUGCUUGAUGAGAACGACCAGCAAAAUGAAAUUGAUUUUCUUGAGGCUCAAUUGAAUGAGCUUGAGAGUAUGUAUAAGAUCAUUAUAGGCAAGUCCUGGUAG